AAAAAGAAAUUACUCUAUAUGCACAGCGUGCACUUGGGAUUCCAAUGGCGUCGCCGGCCGGCGGCUCCUCCUCCGCCGUCGCACGACCACCCACAACCCUCGACGACCUCCCGCCGAGCCUACUCCUCCGCAUCAUUUCCUCCCUCUCAACCCUCGACGCCAUCCAAACAACCCUAAUCUCCCCCGCCUUCCUCGACCUCUGGACCUCCCUCCCCUCUCUCUCCUUCGACUUCUCUCUCUUCCUCCCCCCCUGCGACACCCCCUCCCAAACCCUCCGCGCCUUCUCCGACUUCGUCACCCGCGCCUUCCUCCUCCGCCACCCCCCCUCCUCCUCCCCCCUCCGCUCCCUCCACCUCCGCCUCGACUCCGCCACUCACCACCUCCCCUACCGCCGCCACAUCGACUCCUGGAUCCACUACGCCGUCGCUCACGACGUCGAAUCCCUCUCCCUCACCUUCUCCUCCAAAUACCUCCUCCAAUUUCUAAACGAAACUACUGACUCGUACUACUACCCCUUCCCUCUCCCCCUUCUCCGAAACGGCAGCGUUCGGUCAUUACAUCUCAAACACUGCAACCUCGAUGUGCCGAGGAACACGUCGCGCACGCGAUUAUGCGAGUCGCUGGCGAGUAUUGAUUUUGUUCAGGUCUACUUGACGGAUGAGAGGAUAUCGGAUUUGGUUGCGGGGUGUUUGAACAUUGAGGCUCUGACUAUAAGGCAGUGUCACGGGAUGAAGGAGGUUAAGAUAUCUUCACCGAGUCUUAAAAGGUUGGAUCUUUGGCAGUUCAGGUGCGACGAAGGAUCGGUUGAGAUUCGCGCUCCGAAUUUGUCAAAUUUGAGGAUGUUUUUCUUCGAGGUUGGGGAGUAUGUAAUGGAGGACUCCUCUGCUGUUGAAGAAGCAGAUGUCACUUGCAUUUCCAUGGUGGAGAAUUACCGGUAUUGGAUUAAGAUUGUGAGGUUGCUUAGCCAUGUGAAGCGUUUUCAUGUUCAGAAUUGGUGGUAUAAGGCUGUGGUAUCAAAAUACUGUCUCCCUAAACGUUUUGUAUUUCACAACCUCAACUAUUUGAGAAUAAAUAUGGAAUAUACAAAAGCUGAUAUGGUUGGCAUUGCCGUAUUACUAGAACUUUCACCCAAACUUGGAACAAUGAUCCUAGACCGUGAACUUAGGAUCAAUGAAGAGAUUUUUGGAGCGAGAAUAUCUGAAGAGUUUGAGAGGAUCAAUUUCAACUUACCAAGUUUGGGGCACCUUAAGCUAAACUGCUAUUGGGGCACAAUGGAUGAAUUACACUUUUUGAGACUUGUGCUCAAAAGCGAAGUAGUCUUAGAAAGGAUCGUACUGCAUCCUGUUAGAUUGGACCAGAAUUCAGUUAUUCCAAUAGUUCUUGUUAAGCGAACUCAAGGAUUUCAAGUUGUUCAGGGAUCCUUUCCUGGGUGCGGCCUCCAAGUUUAUCAAGGAAUGGAUGUCUACCAAGGAAUGGAAAUAUCUUGUUUGAUCUGGAGGUAAGAAGCUUAUUUAUUGUUGCCAUAGUGCAUAAGACUAUCACCUUUCUUUGUGUUGUUAGCUUGUAACUUUAUUAGCGAACCUGUUUUAUGUCUUUGUCUGUUUCUAUCAGUUGCAAGUCCAAUACUGGGUCAAUCUCACCAUUUGACGACUUUUCUUUGGUUUUA